GGGCAGUGAAGGGGGCGGAAGUGACUUCAGAGGACGAACUGCCCGACAUGGCGGUGUGAGGCGGAGUGUGCAGUUUGCGUUUCCUGCUCGAGAUUGGGACCUCUGCGGCCGUUUGUCUGCUCGCGGAGAUGGCGGAGAAAUUCGACAACUUGGAAGAGCAUCUGGAGAAAUUCAUCGAGAACAUUCGGCAACUUGGAAUCAUUGUCAGUGACUUCCAGCCCAGCAGCCAGGCGGGCCUGAACCAGAAACUAAAUUCUAUGGUUACGGGAUUGCAGGAUGUCGAUAAAUGUCGACAACAGCUGCAUGAUAUAAAUGUACCUCUGGAAGUAUUUGAGUAUAUUGAUCAAGGUCGGAAUCCUCAACUUUACACCAAAGAAUGUCUGGAGCGAGCCUUGGCCAAGAAUGAACAAGUCAAAGGGAAAAUUGACACAUUGAAGAAAUUCAAGGGACUUCUGAUUCACGAAUUGAGCAAAGUUUUUCCUGAAGAAAUGUCCAAAUACCGAGCUAUCCGAUGUGAAGAUCACCUGUCCACGUAGCUGGAUACAAUAAGUUUGAUUUGAUGGAAUGAAAUUGCUUCCUUUGUUCAGGAACUAACUGAAUGUGGACAACGUUUUACAGCCGGAGAUGUUCUUCCUUGAUGCUGAAAAGUAAUACACAAUUAGUUUCCUACACUAAAAUUGACUUAAAUGCCUGGAAGUGUGCAAAGGACUUUGCACUUCCUAGAUGCAUUAGUGUUUGGAUUAAAUGGGACUUAUUUAGUACAUGUCAGAUAAUGUGAAAGUAACAUUGGAUGGGAAGAUAAACUCAGCAAAAUUGAUUGAAGUACUUUUAUACCAGUACGUGUGAGAAAUUCACUUCGUAUAGUGCUAGUCAGUGCAACAAUUUUUGGAAUGAAAUAAGUUCUUUGCUACCACAAUGCUUAAACAGAUAUUUGGCUUAUCAUAUUUAUUACAAACGGCAAUUUUUGAAUGGCUUUAAAAGUGGCAAAUGAGGUCACUUCGGAAAAGCUACUGCAGAAAAGAAGGCUUUUUAGCUCAGAGUCCAUGAGUAUCCAUCCCAUACUGCGGUAACAAAUACUAAAGUUUUCCAUGACACUGACAGUGCAGAAUCGGUUAGUGAUGUUAAUUAUUUCUGAGAUCUCAUUCCCACAAUUUAACAGUUAAUAUCACAGUUUUCGUACAGAGCCAGUCAUUCCCAAUCAGUCUUUGUCAGUUCUGAUGAAGGGUCAUCGUCCUGAAAUGCUCAUUACUUCUCUGUCCUUCCAUGGAAAUGUUCACUCCUGAGAGUUUCUGGAAAAUUCUGUUUUGUUCUACAUCAGUUACGUUUUCUGGGAGCUCCACAUAUUGACUGUCCUGGGGGGUGGGGUGAGGUGAUGAGGGGAGAAAAGAUGAGGAAAUGUUAUUUUUCUGGUCCUUGAGGUUUGUGAAUUUUUGUGUCCUUAAGGCAGCUGUUCAUGGAAAUAAAAUUUGCUUUUUCCACAUUUAC